GUGGCCUAUUUGGAUCCGGUAAAAUUGCUUUACAAGACAAGACAAACAUGUUUGCAUUAGGUGAUAGAAUUGACACACUUCGUAAUCAAGAUGCUGGUGUAAUCUUGGUUCAUGUUGCUGAAAAUAAGAAUCAG